UCCUCCCCGCGUCUGUCUCCUUCGUCGUCUCAGUCCGCUCACACUAAAUUCCCUCCAAAAUGCGGCGGCCGUCUCCACCUCCUUUCCUCCUCCCCUUCCUCCUUCUUCUGGCGGCCACCUCGCCGUCCGCAACCCACGGCUUCAACAUCACAAAAAUCCUCGCAACCCACCCCGACUUCUCCACCUUCAAUCACUACCUCACCGCCACCCACCUAGCCUCCGAAAUCAACCGCCGUCAAACCAUCACUGUCCUCGCCAUCGACAACGCCGCCAUGUCCCCUCUCCUCGCCAAACACCUCUCCCUCCCCACCCUCAAAAACGUCCUUUCCCUCCACGUCCUCGUCGACUACUACGGCGCCAAGAAGCUCCACCAGAUCACUCAUGGAACCGCCCUCGCCUCCUCACUCUUCCAAGCCACUGGUGCUGCCCCCGGCACUUCCGGCUUCGUCAACAUCACCGACCACCGCGCCGGUCUAGUAUCCUUCUCCGCUACUUCCGAUGAUUCCUCAGCCCCUCCACCUCCUUCUUCAAGUUUCGUCAAAUCCCUAAACGAGCAACCCUACAACCUCUCCAUCAUACAGAUCAGCAAGCCCCUUUCAUCCCCGGAGGCCGAAGCUCCCGCCGCCGCGCCCGCACCCGUCAAUCUCACCGAUCUAAUGACCCGCAAAGGCUGCGCGCUCUUCGCCGGCCUUCUUUCUGCCGAUUCCGACACGCUCAAGACUUUCACGGAAAGUGCAGAAGGAGGGCUGACAGUGUUCUGUCCGAGCGAUCCUGCCGUCAAGGCAUUUUUGCCCGUGUACAAAAAUCUCACCGCCGAUGGUAAGGCCUCUCUCCUGCUCUACCAUGGAUACCCCGUUUACAGCUCUUUGCAGGGGCUUAAAUCAAACAACGGCGUAGUGACAACGCUCGCCACCGACGGUGGAGCUAAGAAGAACUACAAUUUCACGGUACAGGAUGACGGCGAGAAGGUAACGCUCGAGACAGGCGUAAGCACGGCAACCAUCACAUCGACGUUGAUUGAUCAGGAUCCCGUGGCUGUUUACGAAGUCGACAAGGUGUUGCAGCCGCUGGAGCUCUUUAAACCGGAAGAAACGGAAGCGCCGGAGCCGGCGCCAGCGAAGAGCAAAAAGAAAAAGGGGAAGCAGGUUGCGGAGACACCGGUGGACUCGCCGGACGCUGCGCCGGCAGAUCUGGCUGCCGACGACAAUGCCGCUUCAGGGACCAGGUUCGUGUUCGCCGGCGGCGUUGCCGCCGUGUUGUUGGCCGUGGUAGUUAUCGCUUAAUGAAAUUACUGCAUUUGAUUUAUUUUUCCUUUUUGUGGAUGGUUAUUGGGAUUGAUGGAUGGUCCGUAGCAAUAAAUGAUUGAAGGGGAAGAAAGAGGAAUGGCACGUGGUUGCACUCAUUUGAUCAUUCGCUGUAAAUUUGUUUUUUUUUGUGGAAGAAUUCUGUAUUGUUGUGAUGAAAAUGGUUUUGGGAAUUCGUGCUAAUGAUUAGGUGAUUUGGUGUGAGAGUCAGAUCAGAAGGAACCAAGAUGAGCUAAUAUUAUAUAGGCAAUUACAUCAUAUGGAUAUGGUAGCUUAU